GCUCCAGACACCUCACUCAAUAUAGAACCUGAAAACCAGACCUUCCAGCAUCCAGCGUCACAAUACAACAGAGCAAGACAGGACCAUCAGGUUGCUGAGGGUUUGACCUGGGAAACUGACCAUCAACCCAUAUCAUACAGUCUGUCCCAAUGGACAGAGAUCCAAGACACUGACAACCCAACUGUGAAUGCUCCUCAUAAUGCAGGGCCAGACUCCAAGAGGCUGUCUGGACAUCCAGAGAGGAGAGGGGUGUCUGGUAACUCUGGUGUCUGCAUGUCUGCUUCAGGCUCUCUGGUCUGGCUGCCUGAUGUGGUGAUGGUGGACUCAGUUCCCAUUAAAGUAGAGGCAGAUAUGAGUUCAGAAUGGAGCCUAACUGGCCAAGAGGCGACAUCUGUAGAGGUCUGUUCAGACAGCAGGCAGCUUGUGGACAACAGAGGAAGAGGGGGAAUGGAAUCUGGACAGACAAAGUGUCCCCCUGACACUCAACAUGCGGCGCAAGGGACAACUGUAGGACCAAGGUCCAAGUUCCCAGAUUUCAACGGACUGUCCACCCAAAACAGCUUUUCAUCCCCAAGGGUUACCCUCCACCAGGUUCCCCAAAGAGGGAAGCCAGCUCCCUUCCCAAAUUUCAACAGAGGCUCCACUUCUUCACCGAAAGGCAUAGAAAAGCAGCCACAACAGCUAAUGUCUCACUCCACCCAGAGGCAGCUCCGGUGCAGCCUCUGUGGAAAGCCCUUUCCCAAGCCGGCGCACCUGCAGAGGCACAUGCGGGUCCAUACGGGGGAGAAACCGUACGGCUGCAGCCACUGCACCAAGCGCUUCUCCCACAGCCACCAGCUGAAGAUGCAUGAGAGGGUGCACACCGGAGAGAAACCAUUUCAAUGUGUCUACUGUGGGAAGUGCUUCACCCAGUCCGGCCACAUGAAGAAGCAUCUCCUCGUCCACACUGGUGGCAGGCCACAGGACAUUGGGCUGCCCUGAGUGUUCCAUGCUGAAAUUUCCCUAGGUACAGAUCUUGGAUCAGUUUCCUUUCCCCAAUCCUAACAUUAAACAUUUGUCUUAAAAAAAUGCAGAAAUGCCCCAAGAUCAGCAUCUAGGGGCAACUUCACAAUAAUGAUAGGCAGGGCCAGGAGUUUUCCCUCACCAUGUGACCAGACCAGGGGAAAACUCCUGGCCCUAGUUGUAAGGGGAAUGGCUCCACACUACUGGGGUUUUCAUAUGAACACUGGGUCAAUGUGUUUUUGUAUUGUUUUAUUGGAAGUAUUUAAGUUUUCUUGUUUUUCAAUCAACAAACAAAACAAUCCACAUUAACAGAUGUGGCAGACAUAAAACAAUAAACAAACAACAAAUUUGCAGCAGCACUAUCCGUGAACGUGUUAGCUAUUUCCAGCUUUAGCUGAGACAACGAGCUUGUUUUACAGCACUUUACACAACAUGUAUAUACACACAUUUCCUUCAUCUCCCCAUUCUGUCCAGUUUGAAAUAUAGUUGAGUAGUGGAGACCAGAGUCCAUUGAACCUGCGCCGUCUCUUGCGGAGGUCACACGUGAGUGCAGAGGUCACACGUGAGCUUUUCAAGAGGAAGAAAGUCAACAAUCUGGUCAAUCCACAUUUUAAAUGUUGGACAGGAAUUUGAAGCCCAACUUGGUAGAAUAAUUUUUUUAGCAAAGUAUGUGAUAGUCAUAAACACAUUUUCUCUGUUUAGAUCAAGAACAAAGUCCUGUUAAGCAUUAAGAAGAUAGAUACACGGGGUCAUAUCAAACUAAAUCUAAUAUUUUCUAUGCAGCAGUAUGUAUAGGUUGCAAAAAUCUGCUCGCAAUGCCAAAAUAUAUGCAUGUAAGUUCCACUUUCAGACACAGGAGGUUGGUGGCACCUUAAUUGGGGACGACGGGCUCGUGGUAAUGGCUGGAGCGGAAUUGGUGGAAUGGUAUCAAACAUGUUUUCUAUGUGCUUGAUGCCAUUUACUCCAUUCCAGUUAUUAUAAAUCAUCCUCCCCUCAGCAGCCUCCACUGCUUUCAGAUGUACAUCUUUUACAAUCAGGAGAAAUGUCUAUUCAUUCUAUGGAGUCUCACUGGGGUGUAAUACAAUUUGUACAACAUUUUUUAAAAUAGAUUAUUUCAUUUUUAUAUUAGUAGAGGAGCAGUAUACCCUGUCGCAAACAUCCGUCCAUAACUCCUGAACCAUAGUCAGACAAAGGCCCUUUUCCCAGAUUAUUUUCAAAGGAGUAAAGGAGGAGCCCACAUUCUUAGAUGGGAGUCUAAAAAUAUGGGAGAUUUUGCCUUUGAUGGAUUGUGCUGUAGCAAGAAGGGUCUCAACUUCAUUGAGCUGAGCUCUAAACCUCCUCUUGGAAGUGAAAUUAGGAAAUUACGUGUCUAAUUUGAAGAUAAUUAAAUUGGAUCUUGGCACAUUGAAUUCACUGCAGAGUUCUUGAGAGUAUUUCAGUGAAGUUGUGUUCUGAUGAAACCGGUCUGAAAGGUCCUGAACCCUAGAGUAUGCCAAAGAUGAAAGUUGGCAUCACUCAGGGCUUUUGGUAAGUCUGGGUUGCAUACUAUACAUGUGUGAGAGCAUAUUUGGGAGGAAAUGCCAAGGCAUUUCUUGAAGUCCGGCUAGUAGGGUGUUGUAAAUCACAAGUUUAGGCUUUUUUGUGUGUGAACCUUUUAUUUAACUAGGCAAGUCAGUUAAGAACAAAUUCUUAUUUACAAUGACGGCCUACUCCGGCCAAACCCAGACGACGCUGGGUCAAUUGUGUGCCGCCCUAUUGGACUCCCAAUCACGGUCGGUUGUGAUACAGCCUGGAUUCCAACCAGGGUGUCUGCCUCUUGCACUGAGCUGCAGUGCCUUGGACCACUGCACCACUCGGGUGCCCCUUUUAUACUUUUUAAACUACUAAUCAUUUAGUCCUUUAUUCACUUUCAUUGUUUUUAUUCAACAUUCUAAAGGUCCUAUUGUGACAUCAUCAACUCCCAGACUUCCAACAUCCAUUCACAGUGAACAAUGCAACUUUUGACACAAAUUGGCAAAUUUGACCACAUUUCCAGCACUUUAGAUUAAAACCUAGAGGGUAUGACAUUGAGGUCUACUUCUCUGGUAUUUAAAUCUGGAAUCAGAAUAUAAUUAUCUACUACCAAUCAAAAGUUACAGCUGUUUGUCUCAUCCUUCAGCAGCCCAGAUAGAGUUGUUGCUAUGGAUACCAAUGCAUUUCAAUGGCAGAAAAAGGGGCUGGUACAAAAAUGUUUAUUUGUUUAGACCUCCUCUUUCACCAUUUUAAGCUAUCAACUCCAAACCAACGUUGACAGGUUCGGUCUGACCAUACUUAGAUUGCUUGUCAAAAUAUUUUUUUAUUCUUCUAUACCGGUAUAUAUACUUUUUUAACCAUUUACAAUUUGCAAAAAUUAACAUCGGGUUGAAUGAGAACCAUAGGAAUACAGAGGUAGCUAUUCAAAACGGUUUUGCUCCUUGGCCAAUUAAACUACCAGACCCAACAUUAAAAUGUUCAGGCUAUCCUAACUUAAAAUUAUUUUAAACUGUUAUUGACUAUAACUAUAUACAUUUGCAGAAAUUAGCAUAAAAUAACUCACCAACUGUAAACUCUUGAACCGUUCAAGAUAGACCAAACCAACUUUGACAUGUUCAGGCCAUUGUAACUUGAAAUGAUUUAAAACAUGUAUCAACUAUAACUAUAUAAAUAGUUUACUUUUUAUACUUCUUCUGCUACCACAAAAUACUUUUAGAGCUAAAGCAAGCCCCAUAACUUUACUGAAUGUAAAGUUACCAAUGUUUUUUUUCCAUUUACAAUAUUCUAAUUUGUAAAAACAAAAAAUGAAAUGUUGUUAGCUAGGAAUCGCAUUGGCUAUUUAUCCAUUAUAUUUACAGAUUAUAAUUUGUUUUGUGCUUUCUCAGUGCGGUGCUUCAGCUCGUUUUCAGACUACUAACCCUUUUAGCCUACUCUUUUAUUUACUUAUUUUUUACUUUAGAAAUAUAUUUAUUCUCUUUAAAUUCAGGUUGUUUGCGGAUUCUGUAUUUUUGUAUUUG